UUGGUUUUUUGUUUUUUGUUUUUUUUUGGCUUUCCUUGGAAGAACACCGCGGCAAGUAUAAAUUUGGCUUUAUUUAUUUCUCCAAAUUACCAAGGUAGUUUGGAGCACUUACUACACGUGAAUAAUCUUCUCCGUCAAGUUGCAAUGUAUCUAGAAAACGGGAGGCAUUUUCUUUCCUAGAACUUAACUCCUUCCUCCAAAUGUUCUUCACCCCAGUCUCUGCGCUGAUUGUCCAAUCUUAUCUCUGCAGUGUGCAAUUGAUAUCUUGGGGGAACGAACUGAUUGUUUUCCAACUCAAAGAGGACAAGCAGGUCCGGCUGAGCAAAUGAUGAAGUUCACUCAGGUGCAAAAGGACAGCCUCCAGAUUUGGAAACACGUUGAGGAAUCAGCCUGGCAACCUGCAAGGGACAGGGAACAAGAUUCUGAAUAACCAUUUGUUCUCCCAGGAGGAGAACACUGCUUUGAUUCAAAGAAUCAGGAGAAAUGGCAAAGCGCACCUUCUCCACCUUGGAGACGUUCCUCAUUUUCCUUCUGGUAGUAAUGACAGUCAUCACAGUGGCCCUUCUCACCCUCUUGUUCGUCACCAGUGGGACCAUCGAAAACCAAAAAGGAAAUCAUGGGUUUUCAACCACCCUGGGCCCCACAGCCACCCAGUCUUCUCCAAUUACACAGGCUCCAGACCCUCCUCCAUUUCAGAACUUCAGUGGUUACUACAUCGGUGCUGGGAGAGCUGACUGCACAGGACAAGUAUCAGAUAUCAAUUUGAUGGGCUAUGGCAAAAGUGGCCAGAACGCACGGGGUCUCCUCACCAGGCUCUACAGCCGAGCUUUCAUCCUCGCAGACCCAGACGGGUCAAAUCGGAUGGCAUUUGUGACUGUGGAACUGUGCAUGAUCUCUCAGCGACUCAGAUUGGAGGUCCUGAAGCGACUACAGAGUCAAUAUGGCUCCCUGUAUCGAAGAGACAACGUUAUCCUGAGUGGCACUCACACACACUCAGGUCCGUCAGGAUUUUUCCAAUAUACACUCUUUGUACUUGCCAGUGAAGGAUUCAACAAUCGAACCUUUCAAUACGUAGUUAAUGGGAUCAUGCAGAGCAUUGAGAUAGCACACAAAAAUCUCAAACCGGGCAAAAUCUUUGUCAACAGAGGGAAUGUUGAGAACGUGCAGAUCAACCGAAGCCCCUCCUCCUACCUCCGGAACCCACCGUCCGAGAGAGCAAGGUAUUCUUCAAACACAGACAAGGAAAUGGUAGUCUUGAAACUGGUGGAUUUGAAAGGAGAAGACUUGGGCCUUAUCAGCUGGUUUGCCAUCCACCCCGUGAGCAUGAACAACAGCAACCACCUUGUCAACAGUGAUAAUAUGGGCUACGCAGCUUACCUUUUUGAGCAAGAGAUGAACAAAGGAUAUCUCCCUGGACAGGGACCAUUCAUAGCAGGCUUUGCUUCCUCAAACCUCGGAGACGUGUCGCCCAACAUUCUUGGCCCGCAUUGCCUCAACACAGGAGAGUCUUGUGACAACGAGAAAAGCACCUGUCCCACCGGUGGGCCUAGCAUGUGCGCGGCCAGCGGACCGGGACAAGAUAUUUUUGACAGCACACAAAUUAUAGGACGGGUCAUCUAUCAGAGAGCCAAGGAGCUGCAUGCCUCUGCCUCCCAGGAAGUGACUGGACCAGUGCUUGCAGCUCACCAGUGGGUGAACAUGACAGACGUGAGCGUCCUGCUCAAUGACACAUACACAGUGAAGACGUGUAAGCCUGCCCUGGGCUACAGUUUUGCAGCAGGCACCAUUGAUGGAGUUUCGGGCCUCAACAUCACACAGGGAACAACAGAAGGGGAUACAUUUUGGGACACUCUUCGGGAUCAACUCUUGGGAAGACCAUCUGAGGAAAUCGUAGAAUGCCAGAAACCUAAACCAAUUCUACUUCACACUGGAGAGCUGACGAAACCACAUCCUUGGCACCCGGAUAUUGUUGAUGUUCAGAUUGUAACUAUUGGGUCGAUGGCCAUAGCUGCUGUCCCUGGAGAAUUUACAACCAUGUCGGGACGAAGAUUUCGAGAGGCAGUUAAAAAAGAAUUUGCAUCUUAUGGGAUGAAGGAUAUGACCGUUAUUAUUUCAGGUCUAAGCAAUGUUUAUACACAUUACAUUACCACAUAUGAGGAAUACCAGGCUCAGCGGUAUGAAGCAGCAUCUACAAUCUAUGGCCCACAUACUCUGUCUGCGUACAUACAGUUCUUCAGAGACCUUGCUAAGGCGAUUGCUACGGACACAGUAGCCAACAUGAGCAGUGGUCCUGAGCCUUCACUCUUCAAAAACCUGAUCCCUCCACUUAUUCCUAAUAUUGUGGAUAGAUCACCAAUAGGCAGGCAUUUUGGGGAUGUCCUGGAGCCAGCAAAACCUGAAUACAAACUGGGAGAAGUGGUUGAGGUUGUAUUUGUGGGAGCUAACCCAAAGAAUUCUGCAGAAAACCAGACCCAUCAAACCUUCCUCACUGUGGAGAAAUAUGAGGACUCGAUAGCUGACUGGCAGAUAAUAUGUAAUGAUGCCUCCUGGGAGACGAGGUUUUAUUGGCACAAGGGAAUGCUGGGUCUGAGCAACGCAACAGUGCAUUGGAAUAUCCCACAUACUGCCCAACCUGGAAUCUACAGGAUAAGAUAUUUUGGACACAAUCGGAAGCAAGAGUUUCUGAAGCCUGCUGUCAUACUAGCAUUUGAAGGCAUUUCUUCUCCUUUUGAAGUUGUAACUACUUAGUGAAAAGUUGACAGAUACUGAAAAAAACAGCUUUUUUUUUUUCUGUGUACAUUAUAGAGUGAUUUCACACAAAUGUGAACUACCAGUUUGAUUUUUGUAAUUGUCCCUGUUUGGGAAACAGAUACUUUAUUUGCUAAUGGGACAAGUAUGUGUUUGUGUGUUUGUGUGUUUGUGUGAUUAUGUACAUGCGUUCUGACAGGAGAGAGAAAGAGAGUUAUUAUUGAAAGAGAGUAUGAGAGAAGGUCCUCUGAAAAGCGCACUGCUGUGCUCUUCAUCCUAAAGCAUGAUUUUCCUUGAAGCUUUGUGGUUGUUCAAGAGGUAAUUCCCAUUAAUAUGAAAUCUCUGAAAUAUAGUGAUAGUAUCUGCAGAUAUGUGAACGAUGUUUAUCCUAUUUAUUUAUCGACUUACUGAAUGAGAACACAGAGAACUUUCUAGAAGUCCUCUGGAUUGAUACUUGAUUUUACAGAGAGGAAAAAUGAGGUUUAGUUCACUUUAGGUUAGAAUAAGGUUAUUCUAUAUUUUCCCCUAGUUACAUUUACAAAGUGCCAUGUAACCUUACUACAAAUAUAUGAGCCCAACUAAAACAUACCCAGACAAACUAGCAUGCCAGCUUUCCUGCACUCCGAUGAGCACAGCCCUUCCGAUCAGUCACUUUGGAAUGGGUUUGCCUGGCUCAGGGUUAGUGUUCAUGCUCAGAUUAUUUCUGGAAUUGCCUCCAGAGUCCAACUAUGUGAAUGUUACUUGCUGUGCUUUGAUUAGCCUUGUAUUCCUUGAAGUGUCCUUAUCCUGCCUAAGUCUCUUCUUCCCAAUGUUUCUUCUAAAUGAUUUUUAAAUGUUUUCACCAAGCAAAUGUACCUCAUACUACAGAGCUUUGCCUUGAAUGUAGAUUUAAAAACAAAAGUGUUAAGGCUGGAAAUGCAGUCAUCAAAGGGAA